UGAAAAGCAAACUGGGCGAAUUUCUCCACAAAGCUGCCUACGCCGUGCACCAUCUCGAAGCGGAGCCGGCGGAGAGUGGAAAAAGUUUAUCUACUCACCAGUUGGGGCCAGUGGGAGGCCGCCGUGAAGGUGGCCGCGGCGCGCCUUUUCCUCCGAGAGGGGGGUCGGUAGACCUUUUACACCGUCAAACAGCGAGCGGGAAUGGAGCAGGGGAAGAAAUACUACACCAGGGAUUUAGAAGUAGUAGUUCAAAUACCACCCUAGUAAAAAUUCCAACUACCGGGGACGAGAAUCAUGAAGAUCUCAUGCAUGGAGCCAGACUCGGCGACAGGAGCAGGAGUGAAGAUCAGGCAGAUUCGUUGUUGCACGCUGCGCUGUUUGGAAGUUCGAGUUCUAGAGCGAGGGGCGGCAGCAAAGACGGAGUUGCGGAGAUACGCCAGAUGAAGAUCUUCGUCCAGACCGUUCAACGACACUUGGCGCUAGCCAGUACUGGUAUCCCUUUUCACGACGGCACUGCUGCAACUGUUGAAAAAACCAGAAAACAGCACGAGGUGGACGAUAAAAAUUUACACCGCAUAUCCUGAGUAAAAACGUCCUCACCCCAGAGUUGUCAUGCAGAUUUUCAUUCACAGGAAGAUUUGUAAUGCGCAUCCCCAUGAGAGGCAUUUCCAAUCGUGUUUUGGACUUUGUAUGUAAUGCUCGAAACAGGAUGAGCAGAUGGAUUUCUGUUGCGGCUGUACUUGCUAAACUGCACUACAAUACAGAGACGAACUUGUCACGCUUGACUCCCAACACUUCUCGACUUGUGUUGCGAGAUCCCCAUCUUGACUCUGGGGUGGGGACGUUUUUACAUAGGAUGCCGCACGGUUGAUGUUCAACACCCUACUUCGUGUUCGACGUUGCCGACCUUUUUUCACGAAGACUACUUCCUGCACAUUGUGUACAAAACGGGGUUCGCGGACUACCGGAAACAAUUCCUAAACCUCCCGAACACGACCGCCGAGACCACAAGAACUGGGAUUGAUGUUCCAGCGUUUUCUACUGUGAAGAACAAGACGAAAAGCUUCACCCUGCCUCUCCACGGUAUCCUGAGCAAAAACGUCUCCACACCAGAGUCAAGAUGGGCAAUCUGCUAGAGAAAUCAACCAGCCUUGGUUGUUUGGCAUGACAAGUUUGUCUUCGUAGUGUAGUUCUGUUUAGCUAGUUCAGAAGCAUCAUAGAUCUAGCAUAGCGCGCUGAUUCUAGCGUCGCAAAUUCCAAAACACCAAUAGAAAGCGCUUCUCAUAGGGCUCCGCAUGAGAAACUUUUUUGGCAUGCAGGAGAAUUGCGUGACAACUCUGGGGAGGGGAUGUUUUUACACGGGAUACACGGAGUUGAAGAGUUGCCCUGGUUCUCGCGCCACUUCACGCUCUGGGAGUGUAUCUUUGCCAUGCUGAAUCACACGACCUCCGGGGAACAAGAAGGAGAUCUACGUCAUCAAGAGCAGGGGAUGCAAAGUCAAAGUCGUGUUUCCGUUUCGAAACGGAUUGUAGUCAUGGAAGAAGAAGAAGACGCGUGUUACGAACUUGACUUUGUUUUGCCUUUCCACGGUCGUCCGACAGCGUUGUCGUUUCGGCGGCACCAACGAGCAGGAGGGGGAAGAACUGCGGGACCCCUUUCAGAAGACGCAACCCCGAUCAGUCGUGAGAAAAAUGCAAACCAUGAGCACAAGUUCGGAACGGCCCGUCGGUGCUGUAAACCAAGGGCAAAAGGAGGCGAAGGUUCUACUAGUCGUGGUGUACUAUUUUCCGCUACUGCCCACACAGAAGCCGGUUCAUUUCCGAAUUGGUACCCGGUGCUGCGGCCGUGUUCUGGGAGCACCGUAGCGGCGGUUGGGACAGUGCAGGCCAUCGUUGAUCGGUGGAAGGAAAGUUACAGCAGGAUGGAACAACGCAUGGCAUUUUCAACUACAUCAACUGCACAACAAAAAAAUGACCCGCAUCAUCAAGAUCAACUUCCUGUCCCCACACAAAAACUACGAGAACAUCAAACACAAACAACAAAGUCAGGAGGACUUUUCUGGACGUUCGCGAAUAAGAAUGAGUCCUCGACUACUACUUCUUUCAAUAAGGUGGACCAGCGAAUGAUGAUACAACCUGCUCUACUCCCGCAUGAUUCCGGGUCAAGAUUUUCACGAGGAACAACGAACAUCAGCAACAAGGGGAAUAUUAAAAGUGGCUUGAUGUCUACCACUAGAAGUACAACGACCAUCAAGCAGCUCAAAAUGACGCAGCUCCUCCUGCCCAUCCUGAGUCCCGGUGUCAUCCUGCUAGCCGUCGCUAGCCUCCUGUUCUGGCCGGUGUGGGUGGUGAAAAAGUGGUGCCCUGCAACUUCAUCUACAACAUUCGGUAGUACAGUCGCCGCCUGGGACAGCACCAGCUAUAAUUUGGCGGGUCUGAGCAACUAUGCUGGGCGAGAAGACGAGGCGAUUCUGCAGCAGAUGAACCAGAAGCCGCUUGUUUCAACUUCGCAAGCGGACGCGGACGACAUUGCCAGCUCCGUCGCUUUGGAGAUCGAAAUGGACGAGAGUAGAUCCUUUUUACAUCAUUCGGAGGGAAGGUGGAGUAGUGUCAGAGACGAGCAUAAAGUUGUAGAUCCUCUCCGUCCUGACGCCGCUCGCACCACAGCAGCUUCCGGUAGUAGUUUCAACGCUGAUGCAACGCUGAAGCUCCAGAGCGACAAAGCGCCCCGGAAGAUACCACAGCCGGCGGGGGGCGGUGGUACUAGCAAGGACCAGCAUGAUGCACCAGCAGCUACUCCUGCUAGUACGUCGUGGGAGGACAACAAAACUCGAAGAAUCAUCUCGUCCACGGGCGGAGCUACUCGGGUACUACGACCCAGCACGGGUCGGCAGCGUUCUGGUUCGUCUACUGUGCCUGCGAGUGUGCUGGAGAAGAAAGUGGACGUUCAAGAAACACGCCUCUCCGGUAUUAAUGCGGCUUCUGGCGUUCUUGUUGGUGACCACCACGAUAUCAACAAGUUCGUGGCAGGAAAAAAAACUGUGCAAAAUCUACUUCCACUUACCACAGGUGGAGUAGAAGCGCCAGCAGUGUCUGGUGGUGAUGAAAUAACUGAGAAAGGUGACGGAACUACGGAACAAGGAGCUCUUAGUAGAGACACCGAGCCACAGCAGAAACAGGCGGAGGAAGGACAAAAAGCAGAGGAGAAAGUAGAUGAUUUACAAAGACUGGACGAGGACGACGAGUUGCAGUUGGAGGACCCAGCUGCUUCUUCUACUUCGGGUUCUUCCGACGCGAAGAACCAGAACCUCAUCUCAGACCCAGGAACUACUACAACAACUGACGUCGAGGCAGAAGUACUAUUUGCGGACUGGCAUAUCGCGAAUUUCUCCUACCACGUCAUGUGUCUGUUUUGGCGGUUUGCCGCGAUUUAUCAAAUGCAAAAAUGUCUGGGUCUGGAAGAGUGUAAACUUGUCAUGCAGGUUUUCCAUGACCCAUGCGGUCUGGAAUGCGGGACCUAGCAUGAAAGACUCUGCCGGGUCUCUGUCAUGCCUAUCCUGCAUGAGAAACUCCCUCCCAACUUGGUCGAAAGUGGAGAGCUUUUGGCAAUCAUGCAAUACAGAUUUUUGCAUGAUUCGGAUUUAGCAUCACAAGUUGCAUUCUUCCAGACCCAGACAUUUUUGCAUUUGAUACGAUUGUGUACCUGGUUGCGCAGUUCUGCGUUGUCAGAUCCACGGUUGGUUGCACCGCCAGAACAAGGCACCACGACCAGAAUCCAGCAUCCACCCGACGACCAGAUCAACAACAUGACGGCUCCUUCCUGCUGGGAGGACUGAUCUCGCGAGCGCGGGUGCAGUUUCUGAUUGACUACUACAUUUUCGUGUUCGGGGGCAUCUACCUGAUCGCCGGCUUUGUGUGUCUCCCGGUGCUCCUGGGCGCCUUUGCCAAAGCGGCUGGCGGCGCCGACGUCGGGGCCAUGGUGCUGUGCAAGAUCAUGUGCAGGAAGAGAAAGAGCAUGAUGAAUGGUCCUUGUACUACACCAGGGAACUACCUUCCUCAUGUGGGCGGCGAAAUGCAUUCUCCACCUAAACAAGCACUUUCAGGAGCGCAAGAACCUCGUCGGCUGGGAACUACCGACGAAAAUUUUCCUACAGCAGCGCCUCCUGCUAGUACUCACGAUGGUGAUACUAGUUGCGCUCCUGGACCACACCUGCCACUGCAGACAGAUACCGAAGCUGACGAUGUUGAGACGCUGCCUUUACUGGGGUCGUGCGAGCAGAGCGGCACAUCCUCGGGGAAUUUGUCGCACCGCGAAAGGACGAAAAGUGAAACGAGAGACGUAGAAGAUGCUCAGCGCCGUUGUACCGGAAUAUUAAAAGAGGGAGUCGAUAAUUCCACCCGUCCCGCAAUAUUAACAUCUGCUUCUCCACCUUCAGUCGCAUCUUUUCCUUCUUCCGCCGAAAGUAACUUGAGAAAGACCGUCUGUGUGUGGGCGUUGAUCCUGUAUUUCGGCUGGAUCCUUGCGGUGCUUCACGUGGCGGUGCCCACCCUGGUCGGUUUCCUCACUCCUUUUCUCGGGCUCGCGGUACUGGCGGGACUCGUUUUGUCCUCGAGCAGCUCCUAUCAAGUGCAAAAGUGUCUGGGUCUGGAAGAUUCUAAACUUGUGAUGCUGGCUCUGGGUUCUAAAAAAGUUUGCAUUGCAUGACCAGCAACAGGACUCCAGUUUGUGCUACGCGGAGCGGGCAUUUCUCAUGCGGUAGAGGCAUCACAAAGGCCUCUCAAAAUCUGUCGUGCUAACCAUGCAUCACAGACAUCAUGAGUCAUUCAAAAUAUGCAUGACUUCCAGACCCAGACAUUUUUGAAUUUAAUAGCUCCUUUGUCAAUGGAACGAUAGUUGAUGUACCCGCUGAGACGACGACAAUGUCGCUGCCGCUCCUAGAAAGGAACAACAACAACAUCAAGGCGACCAGCCCGGGCGAGCUGGGUAGACUUCAUUCGAGAAAAAUAAACAAGCUCUACAAUAAUUCGUCGAGCAAAAUGAAUCCAUCGUCGAGCAGCUGCAACAACUACUUUUUCUAUUGGCACGUCCUCGCCGGGGGGCUCUUUCUGAUCGCGUUUACCUACGACACUGCGACGCGUUUCUUUCUCGGAGUCGCGUACUUGUCCACCGUCGUGCUCAUUUUCACGCAAACUUCUCGGUCCGUGUUUCGCGUCUUGGUCGCGAAUUACCGGUUCCUUCUGUCCACCUCCGACUCCGACAAAGACGGGUCGUUUCUAUCUUCAGAAAAAAGUUCUUUUACAGUGUACACACUCUUCUUAUGCAUAGACAAGGAAGGGAAGACAAAAAACCUCUGCGAUGCUUGCCAGCCUCAUUUCAUGCGUCUGGUCGUUCUUUAUAAUUUCCGCAGUAGUUUUUAUUUUCUUCGCCAUGCGAAACAGGUUUGUCACCGUAAAAACACCUUUCUGAUUGCAUACUUCUCCCCGGCGUCGUCGUCCCACUACAACUCGCCCGGCCGCGGCGACGAGCAGCCUGCUCAACAUCUCGGUCCAAGCAUCCCACACGACCAGCCCCAAGCGCACCACACGACAAACUCCGCGGCGCUGCUGACCGUCAUUGUGGAGCUGUUCUGGAUGAUCGCGUUUCUGCUGCAGAUUGCCGUGGUGCGCCCCCACGUACUGGGCCUCUACGCAGGUUCUGUUUUCGGACAGACGGCGGGGCUUUUUACCUCGUCGCCCGGGGUGGGUGGGGCCGGGACGGUGGAAGCCUCGGCUUAUCUCUCAGGUGGAUCAGGAGGAGCAACACCAACAGAACAACUCGCGUCGGCUUCUGCUACUUCCAACGUCGUUGUCAACCCUUCGGCCGAGUGGUUUUCGCUGUCCAUGCUGGCCCUGUUCUUUUUUGCACAAGCGGUGGCGAGACUGGUGGUGUCGGAAGCGGUAACUUACCAGGAGCGGAGGACUACUACGUCGGGCGACUUACACGGUGUUGGAGCAACGUCGGUGAAGAGGACGGAGUUGGUGAUGUAGAAGCAUGUUGGGGAGUGAAUAUUUUUCCCACCGAUCCUUUGUUUGGAACUGUCACCGUGUAUAAUCAGAGCAUUUACGAAGUAUAUCUGUACUGCGAAUACUAGAGAGACAAUAGUUGUAUUAUUGGAAAAGAAUUAUUUUCAAUUUCAGAUUCAGAGCGACAAUGGUUGUAAGUACAAAUGAAAAUGAACCAUGUAUGAUAGCAGCUUAUUGACGCCCUUCACCUUCUUCCUGUCACACUGAAAAACUAGGAUGAGCACUACUGCUUCGGCUCGUUCUGUGUUGUCAUUCAUCCAGCUGAAGAAAAUGUCCGACGAAUGAGAGUACAAAUUAUGUCCCAGCCGACAGUGGAGUAUCUAAUAAAACUAAAACCGAGACAGUGUCGUACAACUGAGGAUUUUGUUGAAAGUGUGAACCUGAUAUAAUCUCAUUUUACUCGAAGUCGAAGCACAGAGCAACAU